CACACACGCUGUGCUGUGAUUGGCUGCGUGCACGUGGCGCUUCCUCACAUCAACCAAAAGCACACACCUUGACCUCAACCAGCCAGACUACCCACCAACCCCUACCACCCCAAGCGCAUCCCCGACCGCCACGAUGACGACGUCUCUGGCAAGCCAGCUGAAGCAGCUGGCCUUUGCGCAGCAAGGCGUCGCAGGUGCCACCCGCGCGCACCAGUAUGCGUCGCUGCUCUUCUCGGAGAAGGAUGCCCAGUCGUUCACGCUGGAAGAAGUUUGCGAGAUGGGCAGUGUCGGCUACACGCGCCUGUGCGCCGUGGACAUGGCGUCGUUCCAGCCGUUUGCGCCCCUGUUUGGCACGGCCUCUCUUGAUGUCAAGCGUGCCAUGCAAACCAAGGAGCAGAACAAGGCCCUGGACCUGCAGAUCUCCCGCUUCAUGCGCGUGCUUGCGCCCCACAUGCUGAUGCCCGCCGCUCACAAGUGCUUCGAGUGGCUGCUGCGCAGGUACCAGGUACACAUGUACAAUGUGGAUGCCAUCAUGGAGGCCAUCCUUCCCUACCACGGCACCGCCCUCUUCACGCGUGUCGUCAUGCUGCUUGUGCUGAACCACGAGCGCAAGGAGUGGCACUUCCUCAACACCGUGAAGACGGCCCGCGUGCCGCUGGACCGCCUCUCGCUCAUUCGCCAGUGCAACUCCAACCGCAAGGUGCUGUCCUUCAUCUGCAAGAUGGUGUUCGCUGCCUACAACAACAAGCCCGUGCAGCCCUCCAAGCUGACGCACGUGACGGCGCUCUACGCGUCCAUCGCUGCCGGCAGCAUCACGGCCUCGCCAACCCAGGAGGUGCUCAGCACCAUCCUGCCCUUCCUCCUCCGUGGCCUCAAGCACGCCAACAAGGACAUCUGUGGCGCAAACCUCAUCGUUGUCGCACAAGUCGCUACGGCAACCACCCUCUCAGAUACCGCCAUCGAGGCAAUCGCAGAGGCAUUGUGCCACUUCCAAGACAACGAGCAAGACAUGCAGCGGCUGCAGGCGCUGUCUCUCCUCUGCACGACGCAGCGCAUCCAGCGCGUGCCCAUCACGGCCAUGGCACACUUGCUGAAGCGCGAAUCGCUGAGUGACGACCUGAUCGCGCUCGCACAGAAGUUUGACAUUGACGCCCUUGCGCAGUCGCUUGUCUCUGCUCUCUGCAAAGGGUCCCAGGAGGAUGUGGACAAGCUCAUGGAGCUCCUGCCAACGCUCGAGGCAUGCUGUGGCCAGACGCUGGACGGCGUGAUCCAGAAGCAUUUGAGCGCCCGCCGCGACUCGUCGUCCAUCCUUGAAAGUCUUCGCAAGCGGCGCCUGUUUGGCGUACGCUUUGCACACGUGUCCGAGCACGACGUGAAUGUGUUUAUGGGGCUGCAGCACGACGACGCAGCCGUGCGCGCUGCCUCUGUUGAGAAGAUUUACGAAUCCUUGCAGCAGGUCGACACCGUCAGCCAGCGCGACAAGGAGUUUCUGAGCUCCAACCUGUUCUCCCACCUGAAGGAGGAUGACAGCGACGACGUGCGCGUGGCCAUUCUGUCCCAGCUGCACCUUCUCCUCCCACUCGUGCCCUUUGAUGCAUGCGUUGAUGCUUGCACCACCGCAUUCACCGAAGCCUUUGAACUGGACCAUGCACAAGCGGCAGAGGCGGCUGCCACCGCCAUCUGUAACGACCUGGUCGCGUUUGCCCAGGAGUCUCUGGACGGCGACAACGCAACAGCGCGUGUGCAGGCGCUCAACACCACCAUCCUCAACACGCUCCUUCCUGCCGUGGUCUUCCGCCCACAGCGGUUUUCGGCCACGUUUGCUGUGGUGAAGGUGCUGGCCGAAUCAGCUGCAGCAAAGACCAUCCCCCUCUUUGGUCCCCUGAAGAAGUGCCUGACACAGCUCACCAAGCUGCAGGAAGGUAACGCAAAGGCGGCACAACUGAGCAGCGUGGUGACCCACUGCUUGGCCAAGGGGGUUGCCGCUUCCUCAGAACUCAUCUCCUUCUUCAAGCCCUCCAGCCACGCCGUCAUGUUCGUAUGGCUGCGCAUCCUUUCCCUCGGCGCAUCGCUUCUCAACAAGGCGAAGCAGGCGACGCUGGACAUGCUGCUGACGGCGCUGACAUCGUACUUCACCGCAUCCCACGGCAUCACAGCAGAUGACGUGAAGCGCGCCAUGCUGCACACGUCCAAGACGGAUCUUGUGUGCGAGGCCGUGCUGCCCAUGCUCAUGCAUCAGCUGCCACAGCAGACGCAGCAGUGGACGCAGCACCAGCGCGCCCUUGCCGCCGUGUUCAGCGCAGCGUGCCUUGCUGACAUUGCCGCUGCCGAGCACAUGAGCGCCAGCAGCCCAACCAAGCAGUCACGACACGCCCUCCUGUGCGCAGCCACCUGUCCUAUUCCACAGCUCGCCCAGCCAGCACUUCGCAACAUCCUCCCCGCAGCAACUCCGCAUUUGCGCGUGCGGAUUCUCUCGCAGGUUGCCUUCGCCGGCACCGCACCGGCAUUUGCACAGAUGUCGUGCAUGUAUGUGAUGUGCAACGCCAUCACAGAUGUUGAUGCGGCUGUGGAGGCUGUCCCUGCCGCGCUUCUCGGCUGCUGCCACCCCGACACCGCCGUCAGGCGUGCAGCUACGGUAGCCCUCCGCGCAGCCCACCAAUGGCUCCAGCGUGCCCACCUGUCUGAUGCCUCGGCCGCCACCACGGCCACGAGUGCCAGCACGAAGAAGGGCAAGAAGGGAAAGGACAGCGAGGAAGCCCCCGUUGCUGACGCCGUGGCCGUGCAGGAGUGCGCGCAGAUUGCCGAGUAUCUCCUGCAGUCUGUGGACGACAUCAUCAGCGAUGCAGCCAACCUGCAACAGGCAAUGGCGGUGGCUGUGAAGCCGUCACGCAGCAGCGGUAGUGGCAGCAGCAAGAAGCGCGCAAAGCGGUCGCGCCCAUAUGAGGCGCUCAUGGACCACCUCCUCACCUGGGCCAGGCAGACGUCGUUUGUUGCUCUCACCCGCGCAGCACAGGUCCUGCGCGAUUGCGACGUGCCUGCCCGCGCCCGCGUUGCUCUCAAGCACGCCACGCACCUCGUGCGCACCUCCCUGCCGGGGCUUGCAGGCACUGACGAGCAGCAGCAGCAGCAGCAGCAAGAGAGCGGUAGUGUCACAAAGACGCCGGCCAAGAAGGGCAAGAAGGGCAAGAAGCAGCAGCAGCAGGAAGGCCAUGGCAGUGCCGACACGGCUGCCACUGCACCUGCAGCAGAUGCUGACGCAGCUGAUGAGCAGAGACAGGAUGUGCCGGCAGCAGUUACGCCCUUGACAGCAGCAGUUGAGGCGCUGAAGCUCCUGGGCGGAAUGCUCACGCCCGCUGCGGCCCCCGUCGUGUCGCAGGAGCAGACCUUGGUCAAGCCCCUGCACGAGCUGAUUGCCGUGCUGCUGGUGGGCGCGCCAGAGGCUGGCGUGUGCGCCCCGGGCCAAGUGCCGUCGCUGCAGCACAAGUUCAACGUGGCGACGUCACCCCUGCACCGCGCGCUCGCCGCAGCCAACACGUCCGGCCACGCCAUCCUUGCUCUUGGCGUCCUCAAGCCCGACACGUUUGCGCACCUCAACAAGCCCACGCAGGCAAAGGCGGUGGAGCUGCUGGUGGCCCUGGCCCACACCAACACGGUGUCGCACGACACGGUGCGGGAGUACCUUGCUAAGCUGCCGCUGCGCGCGGAGAUGAUUGCAGAGCAGCUGUCGAGCAGCUUCAGCGGCAAUGCCGAGGACGAGGAGGAGGAGACACGCAGCAAGCGCGGCAAGAAGAGUGAGCGCAAGGCCCGCGGCGCCAGCGAUCAGGGGGCGUCGGAGGCGUCCGAAGACACCAUUGUGACCGGAUUCGCCAACGUCACGUGCAUGCUGGAGGCAUUGGAGGUGCGCGACCUGGCCACCGUCAGCGACGUGCAGCUGCUUCUUCCCGUGCUCAACAGCAUGCUUGCCUCCUACCCGACGCUCAGCGACGAGCACCAAGCCGCCUGCCACGGCCCAGUGCACAGCUUGCUGUCUGUGGCAACGCGCAUCCUUGCGCUGCUGCCCAGAGGAGGCGCUGGGAGCGCCAAGGCCGGUGCCGCAGCUGGCACAGCCGCCGAGCUCGUGGAUGUGGACUUGGUGGUGAAGGUGCUUGGGGAGGCGCGACGGGCCGACAUGCAGAACCAGGCACUGCUGGUGCUGAGCGAACUUGCACGGCUUGUGCCUCGCCAGGUCAUUUCCUGCUGCAUGCCCAUCUUCGCCUUCCUGCGCCAGCCCUUCUUCCAACCCGAUGACGAUUACACGCUGCAGGUUCUCCAGCGCACGAUUGAGGCCAUUGUGCCAGCCAUUCGCGCCGGCGCCACCUCAAAGCGCCAGGAGCACUCGCUCCUGCUUGACCUGUGCGGCGUGUUUGUGGACUCGUUCUACACGUUCCCGCACCACCGCCGGCGCGGGCUGUUCGCCCACCUCGUGCAGACGCUGGGCGUGCGUGCGUUCCUGCACGUCGUUGUGCUGCUGCUCAUGAAGAAGGAGGUGCUUGACCCGCGCGGGUUUGAGGACGACCUGAGCAACCAGUUUGUGGCCACGUCCUCCCGCGUGCAGCGCGCACGUGGCACGGGCUCGCAGAUUCCGUCGUUUGUGCUAUCGCUGUGUAAGGUGCUGCCGCUUGAGGACCACCUGCAUGCGGUUCUCAUGGUGAUGCGCGCCCUGAUGGUGCUCCCCACCCUCGGCAACAGCAGCAGCAGCACACCAGGCUCCCAGCAGCAGUACCAGCAGCUGUUUGGGGCCACGGCGGCGCAGCAGAGCGACGAGGAGCACUGGGACGCAGAGCAGCUCCGCUGGCUCGUCACGCGCAUGACAUCGGGCAAGGCCACCAAGCCGAAGCACGUGCGCCACUGGCGGUACCUGCUGGUGAACCAGGUGCUGCGUCACGUGGCGUCGCGCGGUGUGCUGCGGCAGCUCGCCGCCUUGGAGCAGCAGCACGCACGCAAGGACGCCGAGGCACGCAUGGACACGGCGAGCGACGCGGACAGCGCCGACGAAGAGGACGGCAGCGACGAUGAGGCUGCUGAUGAGAAGGCCAGCAGCACCACCAUCGAUGCAGCGGCUGCGGCCAGGAGCAGGCGAGCCAUCGUGCACAAGCUCAACCUGCAGAUUGCCGAGCUUGCGCUGGAGCUUGGCGGGCUGUACCGCACGCAGGCUCGGGAGGCGGCUGUGAUGAACGAGGAGGCGGCAAAGAAGGCCGCCAAGCAGACGAGCCAGCAGCGUGCACGUGCGAGCAGCUCUGCUGGCAAGAACCCUGCGGGCACGGCCGAGUACUGGCGCCGCCUGCGCAACGACGCGAGCAAGGUCAUUCACAACGCGUACGCCGUGUUGGCCCUGGACGACUUUGUUGCGGUGUGCCUGCGCCUGCUCGGCAGCGACAACGUUGCCACGCAGCAGCACGCCGUGGAGAUGAUUGCCACCCGUGUGGAGGCUGUGGCCCGACACAAGACGGCCGUCACCGCGCACGAGCUCAAGACGGUGAUGCCCAUGUUGCCUGUGCUUGCGGCGCUAGCGCAGCAGCAGAGCGGCAGCGUUGACGCCGAAGACGAAGGCGCAACGGCAACGGCAACGGAAACGAACACAGCAACGGCGACGACGCACGUGCCCGAUGAUCGCCAGAUCAAGCUUGCACAGGGUGCAGCGCAUGCGAUUGCUGUCAUGGCGGCGCGCUAUGCUGCCGAGGAGCCCGACAUGUUUGUGGAGCAUGCUGCGGGCAUUCUGUCGAUGAUUGACGUGUCCAAGGGCACGCGCACCUUCUCCGUGGUGGCGACGUGCAUGGCGUCGUUUGCUGUGCUUGGCAGCGUGCUUGGCCUCAAGCUCCUGCCGCACUUCCCGCCGCUCAUCCGCAAGGUGGUGCACGUGCUGACGUCCACCAUUGCGCUGGUAGAGCGUGACGAGGCUGCCGCUGCCGCCGGGGAGACGAGCGCCGACCAAGGCCGGCUGUCGUCGGGCGUGCGCUCGCAGGCCAUGCUGAUGCUGCAGUCCUGCUUGGACCUGGCCACGGUGUGCGUGCAGCAGUUUGCGCCCAUGCUCACGCAGAAGGUGCUGGAGCCAUUUAUCGUGGCCUGUGUGCAUCCGUUCAUGUGCACGCGUCGUGAUUCACCCUUGCCAGAGGCGCUGGUGGGCAAGGCCAUUGCCCUGCGCACGCUGCUUGCCAAGCGCGUGUCGUGCCGCCACAUUGUGGAGGCCGUGCCCGGCUGCUACCGCCAGGUGCAUGUUGCACGCGAGAAGGGCACUGUUGGCGAGCUUGCAGACAGCCUGCGCGCCCUGCUUGGCAUGGUGGAGCAGACGAUUGCCGCAAGCUCGGCCGAGGCCGUUGGUCGCCAGGCCGCACACUUGUUCCGCUUCUUUGCCACAGCGCUGCAGUUCCGCUCGCAGCGGCGGAUGCACCAGGUGCAGGCAAGCAAGAAGGCCGGUGCAGACGGCGACGACAGCAGCGACGAGGAGGGUGAAGACGAGGAUGAGGAGGAGAGCGAGGGUGAGGUGCGCGAGGCGAUUGUGCUGGUGGAGGGCAGCGCCAUCUCGUGCGUGUGCGCGAUGGUGCUGCACAUGUCAGACCAGUCCUUCCGCCCCUACUUUGUGCGACUGGUUGACUGGGCGUCUGCCAGCGUCACGAGCGCCACGCCGUCGUCGUCGUCCUCAGCCUCCACGGCGUCACGCGUGGUGACGCUGGCGCGCCUGGUGCAGGAGCUUGCCAGCCGCCUCCGCCACGUGUUUGUGUCAUACUUCUCCACGCUGCUGCGCACGUUUGUGCAGUUUCUGACGAACCAGGGCAAGUGCCUGACGCGCCUUGGCCCAGACGGCCCCGACAUGGUCAAGUACGUGUGCGGCGCGCUGUCGCUGUGCUUUGCCAACGACCGCGACGGCUUUGUGACGCCGGAGCGCUUCUCUGUGCUUGCAGAGGCGCUCACAUCGCAGCUUGACGUGCACUCGUAUGCGCUCGAGGUGCUGGGCGGCGUCUCGGCCAAGGGUGCUGGCGAUGCCGACGCAGACAGUAGCGAUGGCAGCGACGACGAGGACGAUGAGGGGGAGGACGAGGACGUGAGCCGUGUGGGCUCUGUGAGCGAGAGUCAGGAGGAGUACUUGCAGCGCGUGCUGGGCGACGUUGUGCCGUGCAUUGUUGAGCUUGCGGACAAGGGUGGCGAGGAGAACCAGCUUCGCGAGUUGAAUAGGUUGAUUAUUUCAAAGUGCCACGACCCCGAGGCGACAGUGCGUUUGGGUGCCGUCAAACUGAUGCAGGCCUUGUACGAGCGCAUGGGCGAGGAGCUUCUGUCUUUGCUUCCGGAGACCAUUUCCGUCCUUACCGAACUUCUUGAAGACACGGAUUCGAGUGUGGAGACGGAGGUUCACAAGCUGAUCGCGCACGUGGAAAGCUGGGGCGUCGCACUGAAGGAUCACUUGUGAUUUGGCCUUUGGUGUGUGAUAUGGUGAUGAUGUCGCAGCAGAUGGGACUUGGAUGAAAUUUGGAACACAUACAGAGAUUAGUGAGUGUUGUUUGUGCGUGUGUGUUUGCGUGGUGUGCGCAAGUCUGUCUGCCUUAUGUUUGUGCCAGGUGUUUGGCUAUUGUCCAGCGUUGAGAAGUAAACAUUCGUGCUGACUGAGCUUAGGGCC